AUGCAGGAGGCGCUGCGAUAUCCAUCGCACGGGGCGAACCGCAUAACCGUCGGCCGUGACGUGGACGUGAGACUCGGUGGUCAGAGACGCUGCGCUGCGCGCUUUGCGCGAGCGCGAUCGGCGGCGACCGCAAGGGCGGCCAUGAGGGUGUUCACUGCGGAGCAGGUCCACCGCGCGCUGCCGUACGACGCACUCAUUGACCAUCUCCGCGAGGCCUUCCGCGCAUCCAGUGGCGGAGCUGGCAUCGCCGCCCCACCACGUCAGCACUACAGCAUUGGGCAGCGCGCUACGGAUGAGGAUGGAGAUGCUAAUAACGAGACGGAUGCUAGGUCUGGGGCAGCAGGCGGCGACCCGGAAGUGAGGGGGGAAAGAGGAGGAGAAGGAGGAGGAGAGAGAGGAAGUGGAAGAAGGAUCACAGCAGAGGGGAAGAAGCAGGCAGGGGGGACGCUGCUGGUGAUGCCGGCUUGGGACUCGAAUUGCGGCACGGAAGAGCCCUUCCUGGGUGUGAAGCUGGCGACUGUGUUCCCCAGCAACGCCAGGCCCGGCCUGCCUUCUGUGGCAGCGAGCUACCUGCUCUCCUCUGCUGCCACUGGCGCCCCCCUUGCCCUCAUGGACGGCACGGCCAUCACGCUUCGCCGCACAGCCGCCGCCUCUGCCCUCGCUGCUCACUACCUCGCACGCCGUGACUCCCAGGUGCUUCUCAUGGUGGGAACGGGCAACCUCGCUCCCCACCUCAUCCUCGCCCACCUCUCAGCCACCCCCUCCGUCCGCUCCGUGCUUCUCUGGGGCCGCACUGUCACCAAGGCCCAGCAGACAGCCGAGACUCUGGUAUCCUCCGACCCAAGGUUUCGUCUCAUCGAGUCAGAGAAGAAUUCCUUGUCGGACUUACUGGAAGAGCAAGAAACAGGAGGAUCUGGGGACCUUAUCGAGCCUAUCUCUAGUGGUGCUAUUCUGGAGAAGGACAUUGGAGGAGACCUCUUUGAGUUAUGUUCUGGGCGUGUGCACGGGAGGAGAGCUAAUGAGGAUAUUACUGUGUUUAAGUCUGUAGGACUGGCCCUAGAAGACCUCGUCGCUUCCAAGCUUGUGUGGAAGGAUAGGGAAUUGUAA